AUGACGAUGGUGAAGAAGAUGGGAACAAGUGUAUUCCGAUUCUACAACAGACGCGGCAAGCUACGAUAUCCAGAGAUACUCGUGAUCUUCAACAUGGCAAAGGUUAAGAUGUUUGCGGCUUUGCUUGUGGUUAUGAUACUGGUGCAGAUGUUUGCUGAUUCUGACGCUUGGCGUAGACGUAGAAGGCGCAGGCGUAAUGGAAAGAAAAUUGAGGACGCUGUGGACGUUGACGCUGCAAACAUUGACACGAACCAGCUGUCCGACCACGAGCGUGACAUGAUCAUCGAUCUGCUCAAGGACGACAUGAACGAUCCCGGUGACAAACCGGACGGAUACCAAGAAGAUGAAUAA